UUCAGUCUUCGGCUGUCUUUUGUUGUGAUCAGACUUUUCUGAGUCGACCUUAAAAGUCCUCUCUCUCGCGGCCAAUCGAUUUUGGAAGAAAAGCAAAAAGAAGAACAAGAGGCAAAAUUGGUAUGCCAAAAAAGCAUUGAAAAAUAGCAAAUUCCCUGUGUCUGCGUUUUUAUUUCGGUUUUGGGUUCUUUCGUUGGUCCCAUUUCGUAAUUUUCUGUGUUUGUGCCAUUCGAGCGAAUAAUAUUGUUGGUUGCGGCGGUCAAUAAUCGUUGACUCCCUUUCGCCGUAGAUGAAACGUUUGCAACCUUCGUCUGUCUGAAAUUUUGCAAGGUGGUGUGGUAUUGGAAAAUUUUCCUUGGAAGAUUUUUUUUUUGCCGUUCCCGUUUGUGUUCGAUAUACCUAGUGGAAAACCCUGUGUAAGGCGGAAUCGCGUACCCAAAGAACACUGGAAGAAUGGCGGAGAACGAAGAUUUAAGUAACAGUAGUAGUAGUAGUAGCAGCCGGGAGGAUAUGCACUUUUUCGAAGGAGUCGAGAAGCUUUUGGAGAUCUGGUUCGAACCGAAUCCAUCCAACAAAAAUGCUGAUCUAAGGAAAAUUCCCAGACCCAUGUGGGAUGCACUGUUGAAGACAGUGCGAUGCGAGAUCAUCAGUUUCACCAGGAACGAGCAGAUUGAUGCCUAUGUGCUUAGCGAAAGCAGCAUGUUUGUAUCGAAGCGUCGUUGGAUACUGAAGACGUGCGGCACGACGACGCCGCUGCAGUGUCUGGAACCGCUGCUACGGCUCGCAUCAGAGAUCGCCGGUUAUGGCGAGAUAGAAGAUCUGUUCUACUCGCGCAAGAACUUUAAACGGCCGGAAAUGCAGGUCUCUCCCCAUCGUGGUUUCGAGGAGGAAGUGGCCUUCCUGGAUUCAUUUUUCGAAGAUGGACGCGCCUACAGUUUGGGUGCGAUCAAUCGCGACUGCUGGCAUCUCUACACGCUGAGCCGCGGGGGAGGGGGCUCCGGUAACAAACGAAUGCUGAACAACAAUAACCACCACAAUAUGAGCAACGGCUGCAAUGCCCUGCAAACAACACAUAAUAUGCUGACAUCGUCGACUAAGAUGAAUCUGAUUGAAUCUCUGCAGUUACCUGAUCCGGAUCAGACCAUCGAGAUACUGAUGACCGAUCUGGACCCGAAAGUGAUGGCUGUCUUUACCAAAGAUGUGUGCAACACGGCUUUGGAGGCAACGCAGAAAUCGGGUAUUCAUAAGCUUAUCCCCGGGAUGGCCAUCGAUGAUUAUCUGUUCGAUCCUUGCGGAUAUUCAAUGAACGGAGUUUCCAAGAGUUGUGGAAAAAAAUAUAAAGAGGGAUGCUACAUGACGAUCCACAUUACUCCGGAGCCCGAUUUCUCGUACGUUAGCUUCGAGAGCAACAUCGCCUCCUCCAGCUAUGGAGAUUUGAUUGCACGUGUGAUUGAGACCUUCCAGCCGGGAAAGUUCAUCGUGACUGUUUUUGCUAAUAAGACAUCUCCAGCAGCGAAUGUAUCCCGUGAACUCGAGCAUCUGGGCACUAUUGAUCAAUGGAAGCGUCGCGAUAUUCAGUUCUCGCGUUUCCCGACAUACGAUCUGACUUACGCUCAGUACUGCAAAUACCCAAGCUGAGGUUUACCGUGCCUAGCCCUCGAAGGGGCUAACCCUGUUUCCCCGCUCCCGUCCUCUCCCGCUCCUCCCAAAACCAACGUUUUCAUCACCCGUCCCUCCCCCUUUUCCCUGUCCUUGUCCUCUUCGAUGGCUUUGUUCCGUUUGUUCUUCAACAUCUUCCCGGUGCUGACUUCGCUUAGUUUCGCCAAGAACUUCUUCCUCUGUGGCGUUGCUGAUGACGAGUACAAGAAGAACAACAUUAUAAACAACAACAACAAUAACAACGCCAACCAAACGAAUGAGAAAGGGAAAAUGAUCAACGAUAUUGACAAAUCCAGCAUGACAUACUUCCAACAGAUGAGCGAUAAAAAUGACGACAAUUUGGUAAAGUUGUGCGGUCAGUUGAAAAAGCUUCUGGAUCUGCCGGCUGUCUUGUUCUCCAUCAUACUCAUUCAGCUGAUUUCAUUCGUGCUUGUUUUGAACAUCGAGGAAUGCUCGCCGCUAGUUUUAUUCUCCUGGUGGCGUAACAAGAUCUCCUGAAAUUGACUACCACGUGGCAAACGAGCGGCAAGCGGCCAGUACUGUUGCUUCCUUCCGUUCUGAUGCCUUUCUUGAUUUUCACUUUUACCGUUAUUAUUGUUGCUUUGAUAAUAACACAUUAUCGAUCAUCACGCGUUUGCGUUCCGCUCCGCGUUUGCGAAGCGAAGCUUUUCUAGAUGAUUUCUUCAGUCGAUACUGUGGUGAUGAUGUUCGGUUCGUCGCUGACGACCAGUCGGUUACUGGCCCAUUGCUAGUGACCGUCGUUAUCAUCGUUGCAGUGACUGUAUGCGAUCUGCGUACACGAACUCUGUCAUCUUUUGUUCCGUUCAGUAUCUGUGACAUCAAGGUGAAAAGAAUGAAGGAGACCUCUGUGAAGAAAUACAAAGAAAUAAUACAAGCAAUUUACAACAACAGCCGGUGGUGGAGUGCGUUCUCUCUUGAUCAGUUAAUCUACAAUCAACAACAACAACAGCAGCAGCGACAGCAGCAACAGCUAGGCGUAGAAUUCGUUCAAUGUAACCAGCACCACCGAGAGAACCACCACCGAGGUAGCACACAUUUUAAUACCUUUUACAAAACAAUCGCAUUUGAUAGCAACCAGUUACUCAGUGUUGUAGAUUUCCAUUUUACCGUUGGUAACAUUCGAAUUGUGCAGAAUAAGAAGAUCCUAGUUGAAAGUAUAAUAUUCGCCUAUCUAAUAUCAUUGGAUUUAUAUUCGUAGCAAAACGGAAACGUUCAGAUCUGAAAUCAGCACAUUAAAUUACACAACAAACAAACAAGAACAUAACACACACAUACUUUGGAUAACCGACAUUUGAACAAAAGGAAACCAAGUAUUUUAGCAAACAAACAAAAUCAACCUUAAUCAAAGCAAAGUUGUAGUAUUUUAUAUCCCAAUUUCCUUCCUCAGCCAGUUCUCCUCGAAAACGCUUCCUGAAUCCCUUCCCACCAUCCCUGAUUCAAAUAAUGAUGAUAUAUAAAUCAAACGUCUUACAACAGGACGUUAAAAGAGAAAAUACAUGAUGAAUUUUUCAAAACACAUUAAAUGUACUACAUCAUAAACAAAAGCAAGAACGCUGAAAAGCCGACUAAAUAAUAAAAGAAUGAUAAAAAAAAAAACAAUUAUAUAACUAGCAUGUAAGAACAAACCAGAAAAGGGAUAUGAAAUGAUGGUUCUAAAAAUUCACCUUUAUGAUCGAUGAAGCGCGAAAGCGUUAAAACAGUAGACAGAAGGUUUAAACAUUGAUUGAAUAUUUAAAGCUCAUUGACAUUUCCUUUCAAGCAAAUAAGAAGGCUAACUAUGGUAAUUGAAAUAGGGAUACAAACUAUUUCCAAUUUAGCGUUAGGUGAAUGAUACUACCUAAUUAGGCUGUUAAGUUCUAAAAUAGCGCGCAAAGCGUUAAAUAUGAAUAUAUAUUUUUCGACAGCAUACACAUUAUUGGUUUGGAGGUAAGAUUAAGCAAGAAAAAGACGGUAUACUGGGACGAUAGCUAGCGCUUGAUUAAAACUGGAAAUAGUUGGUAGUUAUUUUUUUUAAAUUUAGAACCCAAUUUCCAUGUCAGUUCCGCACAAAGCAUGUGCUUCAUUUGAUUUUUUUUAUUCCUUCCGUUUAAGCUGAUACAUUUGUUUUUAAUUGCGUUAUAUCGUAGUACUUUCUACUUUCUAGUUCUAAAUAUUAAAAAUAUAUUAUAUUAAACUUCCAUUAUGGGUAUCCGGGAAUAUA